CAGUUCUAUUUUGCUGAUCGCAGUGAAUUAUCUAUCUAUUGCUAGGUCGGAAUAUACUUGGCCUGUCCCGUUUGGUGUUGAAGGGGGCUGUCCUCGCCUAGCGCGGGGCGCAGAACGCCAUGGAAGUCGAUACUAUGGCUGAUGCUGAAAACAUUCCACCUGCCAAGCAGGGUGGCAAGGGUGGAAAGGCCGCCAAGGCGCAGCAGCCCUUCGCACCCAGCAAUGCUGGGGCCAUUGGUGUUGGCAAGACCAUCGAGGAGAUGUAUCAGAAGAAGACGCAGCUUGAGCACAUCAUUUUGCGCCCUGAUACUUACAUCGGCAGCACCGAGCGGCAGCCCAACCACACCUGGAUUCAUAACGGGCAGAAGAUGGAGCUGAAAUCCGUCAACUAUCCGCCUGGCCUGUAUAAGAUUUUUGAUGAGAUUCUGGUGAAUGCUGCCGAUAACAAAGUGCGCGACGCGACUAUGGACACCAUUAAGGUCGAUAUUGACCAGGUUAACGGUAGCAUCCGCGUCUGGAACAACGGGAAAGGCAUUCCGGUGGAGAAGCACAAGGAGGAGAACGUCUACGUGCCGGAGCUUAUCUUUGGGCACCUGCUUACCAGCAGCAACUACAACGACAGCGAGAAGAAGAUCACUGGUGGGCGUAACGGCUACGGUGCCAAGCUAGCCAACAUCUUCUCCACAGAGUUCACGGUGGAGACGUGCGAUGGCUCGCGGCAGCGGCGUUACAAGCAGGUAUUCAGCAACAACAUGCAGAAGAAGGGGGAGCCAAAGAUUACGGACUGCAAGGCCUCAGACAACUGGACCUGCAUUACCUUCAAGCCGGACCUCGCCAAGUUCGGCAUGACGGAGCUGGACGACGACCUGGUGUCACUGCUGCGCCGCAGGGUGUACGACAUGUCGGGCGUCCUUGGCAAGGGUGUCAAGGUCUACUACAACGGCGAGCGGAUCAACAUCAAGUCGUUCCAGGAGUACGUGGACAUGUACCUGGGACCAAAGGAGAACGGCGUGCCGCGCUUCUGCGAGCGGAUCAGUGACCGCUGGGAGCUGUGCAUAAGCCUCACGGAUGGGGCCUUCCAGCAGGUUAGCUUCGUCAACGCCAUCUCAACACAGAAGGGAGGCACCCACGUCGACUACAUUGUCAACCAGAUUGUGAAGUACGCUGUGGAGAAGCUGAGCAAAAAGACGACGAAGACGACUGCCAUCAAGCCCGCCAUGGUCAAGAACCACCUGUGGAUCUUCCUCAACUGCUACGUGGAGAACCCCGCAUUCGACUCCCAGACCAAGGAGACGCUCACGCUCCGUGCCACGAGCUUUGGAUCGAAAUGUGAGCUGCCGACGCAGCUUAUGGAUAAGGUCCUCAAGGCCGGCCUCUCCGACAGCAUCAUCAAGUUCGCCGAGUUCAAGAGCCAGAAGGAGCUCAAGAAGAGCGACGGAGCAAAGCGCUCGCGCCUGCACGGCAUUACGAAGCUUGACGAUGCCAACGACGCCGGUGGUCCCCGAUCCAAGGACUGCACGCUCAUCCUGACUGAGGGAGAUAGCGCUAAAGCGCUGGCGAUUAGCGGCCUUGGUGUGGUGGGCCGCGACCAGUAUGGUGUCUUCCCGCUCAGGGGCAAGCUGCUCAACGUCCGUGAGGCCACUGCGGCGCAGAUCGCCGCCAACCAGGAGAUCCAGAACAUAAAGCAGAUCCUGGGCCUGCAACACGGCAAGGUGUACGAGAACACGUCGUCGCUGCGUUACGGGCACCUCAUGAUCAUGACCGACCAGGAUCACGAUGGCUCGCACAUCAAGGGCCUGAUCAUGAACUUCAUGCACAGCUUCUUCCCGUCCCUGCUCAGGAUGCCGGGCUUCAUGCUGGAGUUCAUCACGCCCAUCGUCAAGGCGCGCCGCGGCCGCGAGGUGAAGGUGUUCUACACCAUGCCGGAGUACGAGGCGUGGAAGGAGAGCCUGGACAACAACACACGUGGCUGGGAGAUAAAGUACUAUAAGGGUCUGGGUACCUCGACCAAGGAGGAGGCGCAGGAUUACUUCUCGCGCCUGCAGCAGCACCGGAAGGAGUUCGUGUGGACGGGCGAUGAGGAUGGCGACGCGAUCGAGCUUGCCUUCAGCAAGAAACGUAUCGACGACCGCAAGGAGUGGCUGAGCAACUUUGUGCCGGGCACCUAUCUGGACCAGUCCGCGGACAAGAUCACCUACUCCGACUUCAUCAACAAGGAGCUGAUUCUCUUCUCUCGCGCUGACCUGGAUCGGUCGAUCCCAUCCAUGCUGGACGGCCUCAAGCCCGGACAGCGCAAGAUUCUAUUCGCUUGCUUCAAGCGCAACCUGAAGAAGGACAUCAAGGUGGCGCAACUGUCUGCGUACGUCGCUGAGCACUCAGCGUACCACCACGGCGAGCAGAGCCUGGCGAGCACUAUCGUCAAUCUGGCGCAGGACUUCGUGGGUAGCAACAACGUUAACCUGCUGUUCCCUAGCGGUCAGUUCGGCACGCGGCUGCAGGGCGGCAAGGACGCCUCCAGCGCGCGUUACAUCUACACGCGCCUGGCACAGCUGACACGCCACCUGUUCAACGAGAAUGACGAUGUGCUGCUGAACUACCUGAAUGAGGAGGGGCAGAGCAUCGAGCCUGACUGGUACCUGCCGAUCCUGCCUACGGUACUGAUCAACGGCGCGGAAGGCAUUGGCACUGGGUGGAGCACGUCUAUUCCCAACUACAACCCGCGCGACAUCAUCGCCAACCUGCGACGCCUCUUGAACAACGAGGAGCAGGUCCCCAUCCACCCCUGGUACCGCGGCUUCACCGGGACUAUCACUGAAGUGCCGCACAAGUCCGGCUACCGCUCCUAUGUCGUUGGCGGCACUGUCACGCAGACGGGCCCCAACACGGUGGAGAUCACGGAGCUGCCCGUCCGCAAGUGGACUCAGGACUACAAGGAGUUCCUGGAGGGGCUGUUGCGGCCGCAGGACAAGGACGAGUCCCCUCUAAUCGCCGACUACAGCGAGCACCACUCUGACUCGAAUGUGCACUUCGUCGUCGAGCUCCUGCCGGGCAAGAUGGAGGAGUUGCUCGCGUCCCCCGGCGGCCUUGAGGCCAAGUUCAAGCUGCAGAGCAAGAUCCAGACGAGCAACAUGAUGCUGUUCGACAAGGAUGGCUUGAUCAAGCACUAUCAGAGCCCCGAGGCCAUCAUCGAGGAGUUCUUUGGGCUGCGCCUCGAGUACUACGAAAAGCGUCGCCUGGCCAUGCUCCGGGCCGCCCAGUUAGACCAGUUGCGCGCCGAUAACCGGAUGCGCUUCAUUCUAGCGGUAGUCAGCGGCAAGCUGGAGGUGCGCAACCGCAAGCGGGCGGACAUUGAGCGCGACCUGGAGGCGCAAGGCUUUGACCGCAUGAGCAAGACCGGUGCUGCCGCCAAGGUUCCCGAGCCAAGCGGUGAUGACGGGGAGGAUGGAGAUCAGCCGUCGGCGUCUUCGGCCUCAGGUGCAAGCUACGACUACCUGCUGUCAAUGUCCAUCUACAGCCUCACCAAGGAGAAGAUUGCCGCACUCCAGGAGGAGGCCGCAAGGGCAGCCGCGCGCGUCGACUACCUGGCUAGCAUCACCGGACAGCACAUGUGGUCGCAGGACCUGGACGAGUUCGAGGCGGCGUACAACGGUUGGGAGGCGGAGGAGAUUGCUCGGCUGGAUGAGACGAAGCGCAAGCAGCUGGCUGCCAAAAAGGGCCGAGGCGCGGCGGCUAAGGGCCGGGGUGCGGCUGGUGGGCGCAAGAAGGCGGCAAAGAAGGGAGCGGGGAGCGACGAGGAGACUGCCUCUGACUCGGACUCCGAUUUCGAGGUGCAGAAGCGGAAGCCAGCGGCCCGUGCACCCGCGCAGCCCAAGCCUAAGCCGGCUGCAGACGGUGCGAAGCCUACUGCUGCAGGACCCACAGCGGCUGCAGACAAGCCCGUGGCGGUGCCUAAGCCGCAGCCUGCUCCCAAGCAACCCGCAGCUCCGAAGCCGGUAGCAGAUACCAAGCAGGCGCCUGACGUCACCGCAGCCGCAGCGAACGCUCCGGCCGCACGCCCGCCAGCACGCAAGGCUGCUGCCGCUGGCACCGCACGCCGGAAGCAGGUGCUGGCUAGCGAUGAUGAUGACGAUGCCUACAUGAGCAUGUCCGAGGGCUCAGAGGAGGAGUUCGAUGACGCCUCCGACGACAAUGACAUUGCGGAGAAGCCUUCCAAGGCGCCAGCCAAGCGCACAGCAGCAGCACAAAAAGCUCCACCUGCCGCUGCUGCGCCUAAAGCGCCCGCAGCCCCACCAGUACCGGAGCAAAAGCCCGCAGCCGGUGGCCGUGGCAAGAAGGCAGCUGUGCCAAAGCCACUGCCGACUAGCUCCCAGGGCAGCGAACAACCUAGCCAAGACACCAGCCAGCGGCCAGAUUCAGAGACCGCAGGGCUUGCUGCUCGACUGGCAGGCCGGAUGCAGGCUCAACUAAACCUUGGCAAGGCUGGCGGCGCCGCGCCGAUGGUCGACCUUCUGGACGACGAGGUCAACUCGCCCGCGCCGGGUCCCAAGACGGCGGUUGGCAUGAAGAAGCCCGCUGGCGCCAAGGCUCCGGCUGCUGGUGGACGAGGCCGUGGCAAGGCCCCGGGCGCCGCUGCAGGUGCUAAGCAGCCAGCCAAGCGCAAGGGUGCCGCCAAGAAGCAGGACGAUUCGGAGGACGAUGACAUUGAGGAGACCAGCAGCAGCGACGAGGAGACUUUUGAAUUGUCGGCACCAUCCCCGGCCGUAGCGCCGAAGGGGAAGAAGGGCCGUGUGGGCCCGUCGCCCUUGGGCAUCAAGUCCCUGUCGCGCACGGCUGCUGGCGCCGGUGCGGGUGCUGGCCGGCAAGCCGCAGUUGUGGCGGCGGCGGUGCCCAUGGCCUCGGUGCCAGAGGAGCGGCCGCAGCGUGCACGCCGUGCCGUAGCGGCCAAGCCGACGUACGUCAUCAGCGACGAUGAGGACGAGGAUGAACCCCAGACGGAGGACUCGGACUUCGAGGUUGUGUCUGACUAGCGGACAGAAAUUCUUUGGCGUUUGGAUGACUACCUACAAGUACUUUUGAACAUGUACAUAUGCAGACACCAUUCUUGCAUUGCUGACGGUGGCAGGCCGUGCAAUCAACAUGUACCAAAGUUGAUGGAUGGCAGCGCCCUGUGGUUCACGGUUGCGCUCGCAGUGCCAACGUCUUUUAGCUAGGACACAUUGCAGUGGGGCUAACUAUUUCAUGCUGACUGUUCGGCUUCGGCUUUUAAAGUGCAACAGGGCCACGUUCCCUGCGUUUGACUUUGACUGAUGGCCCAUGGGCCGGCGGGCGGUCCCGUACUAUAUAUGCAAUGAAGCAGGCAAUGAACUUCUGAACUACACUUCAACCUGUUAUAGUCGUGCUAUGGAGUCGAUGUUAUAAAGCUCCCUUCAUAAGUGGUGUUUGGUCUCUUGGAAACGCACAACCUUACAGAGCGGGGGAGAUCCUUGUAAUCAUCCUACUUAGAGCAUAUGUUACUACUCCGUAUGUACCGUUCCCGAUCUAAUGACAGG